AUGGGCGUAACUAUGCUGACUAUUGACAGAGAAUAUGGGCUAUGGAGCCCACUAUGCUACGAGUCUAGAAAGCGCCUAGCGCCCUCCGCGCCCUCCGUCACGCCUAGCGCCCUCCGCGCUCUCCGCGCUCCUAGCGCCCUCGCGCCCCUUAGCGCGGCCCUCAGCCCGCCCCACGUCGCGCCCCUUAGUAACCCCCCCCUCCGUGCCCUCCCCUUCCCCUCCCCGUCGCGUUACCUCCCGUCCCCCUGCCCGUCGCGUCGCCUCCCUUCCCCCUGCCCGUCGCGUCAACCGUCGCCCAGGCCCGCGCGUAGCCCGUCGCCCAGGCCCGCGCCUAGCCCGUCGCCCAGGCCCGCGCGUAGCCCGUCGCCCAGGCCCGCGCCUAGCCCGUCGCCCAGGCCCGCGCCUAGCCCGUCGCCCAGGCCCGCGCCUAGCCCGUCGCCCAGGCCCGCGCCUAGCCCGUCGCCCAGGCCCGCGCCUAGCCCGUCGCCCAGGCCCGCGCCUAGCCCGUCGCCCAGGCCCGCGCGUAGCCCGUCGCCCAGGCCCGCGCCCUAG